UCAGGCACACACACUGACGUCUUUUGCGCAUUUCCUGCAUUAGGGAGACAGACCCAGAGAGCGAGCGAGAGAGCGAGAGGUGGGGUAGGGCUCCUCCAGCCCAGCGCCAGACACACCAGGCGGGCGAGCGGCGCAAAACAGCGAGCGUCCAGAGAGAGAGCGCGCGAGGAGAGCGAGUGUCAAGGGAGCGAGCCGGAGAGGGAGAGAGCAGCCGAUCGCCGUGCUGGUUUGGGUCGUUUGGCGAAAGAUAUUAUUAUUUUUAUUAUAUAUCUAUUAUUAUUUAAUAAUAAGUUGAACUCCCGACCCGGAGCCGCUUCUCCCCAUGCCUUGGAUUCGAUCCACUGGAUCCUUGGCCUUGGAAGAGGAGGAGGCGGAGGAGGAGAAGGCGAGGAGGCUCCUGCAGCCGAGGCGGAUGUAAGGUUCCCUGGCUGGGCUGGACUGUGUGAUUUUUCUGCUGCUUCGUCUCCCAGCCGGGGAGGCGGCGGAGCAGGCAGGGCGGCUCGCUCGCUUUGCUGCUUCUGGGUGGGUUUUGUUAUUAUUUUUCAAACUCCCCCUUCUUCCUCCCUCCUCCUGGGCUGCCGCCGCCGCCGCCGCCGCCGCACACAGACAAGACAGCACUAGCGUGUGCAAGAGCUUCGGAUUGUUUUUCUCUCUGUGUGUGUGUGGGUGCAGAAGACUGAUCCAGGAUUAUGAUCUAAAAAGGGGGGGUGCGGAGGAGGAGGGGGAAAGAAAGUCUGUUUCUCUAUCCAGAGGCUCCUCUGAUUUUGCUCCGAUUGCAUUUUGGAUUCCUGCAAGCAGGGACGUCUCCCCCCCUCCCCUCCCCUCCCGUCCCUUCCUUGUUUUUCCGUUAGGAAACACACACAGGCAGAGAAAGGACGAGACCUCGAUGCAUGUCUGCAUGCAGGCGUGUGUGUAUUCCCCGGGCGUCGCAAGAGGAAGGGCUAAAUAAUCACAGGUAGCAACAAAGGGAGAGCGCCCCCCCCCUUCCCGCCGCCCUGCUGUUCUGAAGCCUGCACCUCCUUCCACUCCUCCAACCUGCCUUCUUAUUUAUUGGAGAAAUCUCCUCGGAUCCCUCCGCACUCCAGAGUGUGUGCUUUAAUCCCAGGGAAUUUUUUUUUUUUUUAAAAAAACCAAAAACUAGUGAAGCCGUCUAACCAUGGUGGUUUUCAAUGGCAUGCUGAAAAUAAAAAUCUGCGAAGCGGUGAAUCUCAAGCCCACAGCGUGGUCCCUGCGGCAUGCGGUGGGUCCCAAACCACAGACCUUCCUGCUGGACCCUUACAUUGCCCUCAAUGUGGACGACUCCCGGAUCGGCCAGACCUCGACCAAGCAGAAGACCAACAGCCCUGCCUGGAACGAUGAGUUCGUCACGGACGUUUGCAACGGCCGGAAGAUCGAGAUGGCCGUUUUCCACGAUGCCCCCAUUGGGUACGACGAUUUCGUGGCCAACUGCACCAUCCAGUUUGAGGACUUGCUGCAGAACGGGAGCCGCCACUUCGAGGACUGGAUUGAUUUGGAACCAGAAGGAAGAGUGUUUGUAAUCAUCGAUCUUUCAGGCUCAUCAGGUGAAGCACCCAAAGACAAUGAGGAACGAGUGUUUAGAGAGCGGAUGCGGCCCAGGAAGCGCCAGGGGGCAGUGCGACGCAGGGUCCACCAGGUUAACGGGCACAAAUUUAUGGCCACCUACCUUAGACAACCAACAUAUUGUUCACACUGCCGAGACUUUAUAUGGGGAGUAAUAGGAAAGCAAGGGUACCAAUGUCAAGUUUGCACUUGCGUAGUCCAUAAGCGAUGCCAUGAGCUUAUAAUAACGAAAUGCGCUGGGUUGAAGAAGCAGGAAGCCCACGAUGAGGUGGGCUCCCAGCGCUUCAGUGUCAACAUGCCUCACAAGUUCAGCAUUCACAAUUACAAAGUGCCCACCUUCUGUGACCACUGUGGUUCGUUGCUCUGGGGUCUUCUGAGACAAGGUUUACAAUGCAAAGUUUGCAAGAUGAAUGUACAUAGACGCUGUGAAACAAAUGUGGCCCCCAACUGCGGAGUGGAUGCUAGGGGCAUAGCUAAAGUACUCGCCGACCUGGGUGUCACUCCAGAUAAGAUCACUAAUAGUGGACAAAGGAGGAAGAAGCUUGUCCCAGGUGCAGAAUCUCAACCGCCAGUUCCUGGAUCCUCACCAGGAGAUGAUGACAGAUCAAAGUCAGCACCAACUUCCCCAUGUGAUCAAGAAAUCAAAGAGCUUGAAAAUAACAUUAGGAAAGCAUUGUCAUUUGACAACCGAGGCGAAGAGCACAGGGGAGGAGCAGCAACCUCGACUGACGGCCAGCUUAACACGCCCGGGGAGAACGGUGAAAACGGAGAGGUCAAAACACAGACGAAGCGCAUGGGCCUCGAAGAGUUUAACUUCAUCAAAGUGUUAGGGAAAGGCAGCUUCGGGAAGGUCAUGCUAGCCGAGCUAAAAGGCAAAGAUGAAGUAUACGCCGUGAAAGUCUUAAAGAAAGAUGUCAUCCUACAAGAUGAUGACGUCGACUGUACAAUGACAGAAAAACGGAUUCUGGCGUUAGCACGGAAGCAUCCUUACUUAACACAGCUCUACUGCUGCUUCCAGACCAAGGACCGCCUCUUUUUCGUCAUGGAAUAUGUCAAUGGAGGAGACCUGAUGUUUCAGAUCCAGCGCUCGCGCAAGUUUGACGAGCCCCGCUCCCGCUUCUACGCAGCAGAGGUCACAUCGGCACUCAUGUUUCUCCACCAACAUGGCGUCAUCUACAGGGACCUGAAACUGGACAAUAUUCUUCUGGAUGCAGAAGGUCACUGCAAACUGGCUGACUUUGGGAUGUGUAAGGAAGGGAUCUUGAAUGGAGUAACGACUACUACCUUUUGUGGAACGCCGGACUACAUAGCUCCAGAGAUUCUUCAGGAAUUGGAAUACGGUCCCUCGGUCGAUUGGUGGGCGCUGGGUGUCCUUAUGUACGAAAUGAUGGCUGGCCAACCCCCCUUCGAAGCUGACAAUGAAGACGACCUCUUUGAAUCCAUCCUGCAUGAUGAUGUGCUAUAUCCAGUGUGGCUUAGCAAAGAAGCUGUUAGCAUUUUGAAAGCUUUCAUGACAAAAAAUCCAAAUAAGCGACUUGGCUGUGUGGCAUCUCAGAACGGCGAAGAUGCGAUUAAGCAACACCCUUUCUUUAAGGAGAUUGACUGGGUUCUUCUAGAGCAAAGGAAAAUCAAGCCGCCCUUCAAGCCUCGGAUUAAAACCAAAAGGGAUGUAAAUAACUUUGAUCAAGACUUUACACGAGAAGACCCAGUAUUAACAGCAGUGGACGAGACAAUUAUAAAGCAGAUCAACCAAGAAGAAUUUAAAGGCUUCUCAUAUUUUGGGGAAGAGCUGCUGCCAUAAGAAGUCCCCGCUGCGCCAUUUGGGGCCACCAGUUCACUGACACUGCAAGAGGGGUUUUCCCGCUACCCAGUCAAGAGCUACUUCUCUGACCUUGAGCCCAUAACCCUUACUUUAUACUAUGUCUAUCUAUUUAUUGUUAUUUUCCUUUCGUCCUUGAGCUGGAGGCACUCACGAUUUCCGUCUCACAAAGGAACACAAAAUAUUUUGUGCCAGAAGUUCGUGAAGGUAACACAUUGCUGUUGUUUCUUGCUGCUGCUUUCCCCCCUCCCCUCAAUUUGGGAUCUUUUCUGUUGUUCUCCCUACCCCCAUCCUCAUCUAGCACCUUCAUAAAAUCAUGGAAUUGUAGAGUUGGAAGGGGACCAUGAGGGUCAUCUAGUCCAACCCCCUGCAGUGCAGGAAUCUUUCACCCAACGUGGGGCUCACACCCAUGACCUUGAGAGUCUUGUGCUCUACCGACUGAGCUAUCCUGGCAGAACUAAUUCAUUCUGCCAUUUUUGAGAUUUUAAAAAAAGUCACUAGAAGGGUUCCCCUUCCCACUAACAUGAGGAGAUUUCUGAGAGCCAAAUAGAAUCUUUGAGGGCUGUGUUUGACUUCUAGGCACGAGGUUCUCCACCCCUUCUAACAGUUUUCCAAGACAUGGUAAAUGACUGUCCCAUCGCACACUGGCACACGCACCUAUCAAGUGUACUAAACGAACACUAAGAUUUGCUUUCUGGCCCCUAUGGAACUAUCAUAGAAUUGUAGAGUUGGAAGGGACCACGAGGACCACCUAGGUCAACCCCCUGCAAUCUUUUGCCCAAGGUGGGGCUUGAACCCGUGACCCUGAGAUUAAGGGUCUCGUGCUGUCCCGGCUGAGCUAUCCAAACCAAACCAAUAGGUGGAGAUAAAGUCGCCUUGUGUUGACUUUCCUGAACUGAAUGUGAAUCGGUCCAUCGGAUUUGCUAUGGCAGCACGGUGCCCAAAAACAUAGCUGUCGGAAGCCGAUUCCUCAAAUACGGACAGACAGCUCAAAGAUCAGCCAUUCACCUUUCGCAAAAAUACCCUUCCGUUUCUUUUUAAUGAAAAGAGACCUUCAGGUCACUGCAGUUCUGAACUGGCUGUGGGCGAGGGACCCAUGGAACUAGAUUUCAUCUCCAAGCUUUGAUCCUCUUAAGCUCAACCGUGGCUGGUGGGCGGAAGUCAGGAAAGCGCAGACAGCAGUAGGUGGAGCCACAGCCAGUGAUGGGCAGAGGCAACCAAGUAUACUUUUGCCCCCACCCCUCCUCCCUGCCAAGUUCUACAAAGGUAACACUGAGACUAAGGAGAGGGGGAGCUGGCAGACAAGUGCCACCUUGUGUGUUAAGAAGACAGGUACAGGUGAAACUCGGAAAAUUAGAAUAUCGUCGAAAAGUGCAUUUAUUUCAGUAAUGCAACUUACUGUUUUUUCUUUUUCUUUUAAUUUUUACAAAUGCUUUCUUUUGGAAAUCCCACAGUAAUAAAACAAAUACUUACAAUAAUACAAAAACAAACAUUGCUAUUACAUUUCAUCAAUUACAUUCCAUUUAUAAUUGACCCGCUUAACGACAAAUCAUUACAAUUACAACAAAUAAAGGCUUGACAUAUCUUGCUUUGCAUGUCAUGCAUCUAUCUAAUAUAUUGGUUUCACCUUUUAAGUUGCGUUACUGAAAUAAAUGCACUUUUCGACGAUAUUCUAAUUUUCCGAGUUUCACCUGUAGGUUGGGGGGGGGCCUGGCUGAGGUUGGUGGGACACCCUCUGCUUUUUAGGCUUAGGAGUUGCAUUCUAAGCAGAAGGCAAUGCCCUUUCUUUCUCUUCAAAGUUCUGCUGCUUUGGGCUCCCUAGUUCGAUAGAACCAGGCCAUUCAUUGCGUGCUAAGGGCAUCUACGGCCCACAGUACUACCAGCUUGAGCUCAGUGAAGGAGCCUGGACAGAGGUUUCCCCGCUCCUUUGUUAAUGCUGUUGAGAACAGAGGCCAGCAGUGCAGUAAGGGAUGAAGGGGCUAUAAUGUGCAUGGUUGCUACAUAAUUCCCACAGCUGUACUAAGAUUCUUAGUGUGUGCUCAACCUAGGAGUAAACCCUGUUGCACACAGUGGGGUUUAUCUCCAAUUAAGCAUGCGCACGAUUGCAUGAAAAAGGCAGGCUUGUAUCCGGCUCCUUACGAGGUGCUUCCAGAAAUCUGUCCCCGGCAACAUUUUUGGCCCUCUAAUGCAGGGUUUUUGCAAGGGUGAAAUCUCCCUUUACCUCCUCCUCUCUGCUGGUUGUACCCUUGAGCUGCUUGCCAAGCCUUACCACAAAGCCAUAAGUGAAUGAGACACAGAUAUUUUGCCAUGGAUCUUGAAAUAAAUACCACCCAAAGACGCACUUCUCUGCAAAGUAAAAAAAAAAAAAAAACUGCCUGACUGAAGGACUGAUAAGAAUGGUCAGGUAAAGUUGCCAUGGAAAGUCUUGAAGAUUGUAUCAGGAAAAUUGCUACCCCACCCCACCCCAAGAUACGAAACAAUGUUUUUUUAAAAAAAAAACACAAUAACAAAUAACAAAUAAACAAAUGUUUUAUUAAAUCAUAAAAUCAAAACUUAGAUGCUUCAUAGACAGGUGUUAAAGGGCUAAAGAGUGGGCAAAUUAUCCAAAAAAACCAAAAACCCUGUAACUGCUUUAAUAAAGCAGUAUAGGUUUUCUGCAAAUCUUACCGCUUCUCCGAUGUGUACUACUUCUGUAGGAAAACUAUUUUAGAAACUGGUACCUGAAUCAUUCAUGUCAUUGAUGCAAUGACAGGUGUGAAGGGGAUUUUAAGAAAGAUGUUUUUUUAAAAAGGAAUCAUUGUUUUGAAUCUGGGUGAUGCCCCACUCUACUUUUACUUUUAACAGCAGCGUGUUACUUUUGCAGGCUUUUACAAAGGAAGAAAAAUGGGCAUGGUUCUUUGUGCAUAGCCUUUUCCCUCUCCGUCCCUUCUCUGCUGGCCUUGAGCCAGGAGCAGCCCACCACAAGCCCAUGUGUCGAUGCAGAAGCCCUCCCCUCCUCAGGGCUAUGUGCAGAGGUUGCUAGAGCUGUCUGUUCA